AUGCAGGCCUCAGGCUGCAGCCUCUUCUUAUUACUCUCUCUCCUCCUCCUCUCCUCUUCUCUCUCCUCGUUCUCCUUCGCUCUAUCUGAUGCCGAAGCUGCCUCCAUUGCUCGUCGCCAGCUCUUAACCCUCGGUGAGAAUGGUGACUUGCCGGACAAGGAAUUCAACGUCGAAUCCAAUCUCACUUUUCCCAAUCCCAGGCUUAAAAACGCGUACAUCGCGCUCCAGGCUUGGAAGAAGGCUAUAUAUUCCGACCCCUUGAAGCACAUUAGCAAUUGGGAAGGACCUGAUGUUUGUAAGUACACUGGCGUGUUCUGUGCACCGGCUCUUGAUGACCCGAAACAAGAUACUGUCAUCGGUAUUGACCUUAACCAUGGUGACAUUGCCGGGUACCUCCCACUUGAAUUAGGCCUGUUAUCCGACAUUGCCUUUUUCCACAUCAAUUCCAAUCGCUUCUGUGGGAUUAUCCCCAAGAGCUUCUAUAGAUUUAAGCUCGUGAUUGAGUUCGAUGUCAGUAACAACCGCUUCGUUGGACCUUUCCCAAAUGUUGUACUAUCAAUGCCUAAUCUCAAGUACCUCGAUCUUAGGUUCAAUAACUUUGAAGGAAGGUUGCCUGAUGAGGUCUUUAACAAGAGUCUAGACGCAUUAUUCUUGAAUGACAACCGAUUCACAUCAAACAUUCCUGAAACCCUAGGAAACUCUCCGGUGUCUGUCCUAGUGUUGGCCAAUAACAAAUUCACUGGCUGCAUUCCAAGCAGCAUAGGUAAGAUGGCGAGAACAUUGAAUGAAAUUGUCCUGAUAAACAAUGAGCUUUCAGGAUGUUUGCCAUCCGAGAUAGGGUUGCUCGGGAACGUGACAGUCUUUGCUGCAGCGUCUAAUUUGUUCACCGGUAUCUUGCCUAAGAGCUUCAGUGGCCUUAAACAGGUUGAGCAUUUGGAUCUCUCAAACAACAAGCUAACCGGGGUUGUUCCCGAUAACAUUUGCAGCUUGCCUAGCUUGAAGAACUUCACAUUCUCCAAUAACUAUUUCAAUGGCGAGGGACAAGCGUGCAAGCCACAAUCUAGGAAAGAAUGUAUGUUGGAUGACAUAGACAAUUGCUUGCCUGAUCGUCCCAGACAAAAGACACAAAGCACAUGUGUUCCUGUGUUGAGUAAGCCUGUUGAUUGUGGCAAGUCCAAGUGUGGUGGACAUUCUUCACAAACUGAUCCAAGUCCAGUUGAAAAGACACUGCCACCACCAAAACCAUCUCCGGCACCACCAAAGAAAUCUAUAACACCACCACCAGUCCUCUCUCCAUCACCUCCUGUCCACUCUCCACCACCACCUCCUGUCUACUCUCCUCCGUCACCUGUGCACUCACCACCACCACCAGUCCACUCUCCUCCACCGCCUCCUGUCUACUCACCUCCACCACCACCAGUUCAUUCUCCUCCGCCACCUGUCCACUCACCUCCGCCACCUGUCUACUCACCUCCACCACCUGUUCACUCGCCACCUCCUCCUGUCAGAUCUCCUCCACCACCAGUCCAUUCUCCUCCGCCACCUGUUCACUCACCACCACCUCCUGUCAGAUCUCCUCCACCACCAGUCCAUUCUCCUCCGCCGCCUGUUCACUCACCACCACCACCUCCCGUCCACUCUCCUCCACCACCUCCUGUCCACUCUCCUCCACCACCAGUUCACUCACCACCACCUCCCAUCCACUCUCCACCGCCUCCUCCUGUCCACUCUCCACCACCACCUCCUGUCCACUCUCCUCCACCACCACCUCACUCACCACCACCUCCUGUCCACUCUCCACCACCACCAGUUUUCUCACCUCCACCUCCAGUACACUCUCCACCACCACCAGUUUCUUCGCCUCCACCAGCCCCAAUAAGAAACUUGCCGCCGCCAACUUCUCCAUCUCUUUCACCGCCACCACGUGAUGACUUCGUUCUUCCACCAAACCUUGGUGCCUCGUACGCAUCGCCCCCUCCACCAUUGGUCCCGGGUUACUAAAUGGUGCAAUUUUGAUCAAUUUUUCAUACCCUUAAUUCACACUCUUUUUCAGUCUAAAAUGUUGCAUUAUGCAUCCACUUAAUUUUAGUUUCUAGUUUGUGAUCCCAAAGAUUAAUCCCUAAUUUACAGCUAGCUCUGCCUCUUUAGAGAGAUGCUUUAGUGUUAAUUAAGCAUCAAAAAGCACGAGCAGAAAAAUGUGAAUAUGAUAUCAAAUUAACUGUGAUAUUUUCUUCACAGUAGAUGUUCUCUUCUUGUUCAUUGUCAUUGAUUUGUCUUUGAUAAGUGAAUAGAUAGAUUAAAUGUCAGUAGGGGUUCAAUUUGGUCCUCAGUAUCAUCUGUAUAAACUGUACAGAAAUUAUUUUUUAGUGUAUAGAUCUGUAUGUCUUGUCUUGCUUAUUGAUGAUGCUGGAGGAGAAGAUUGGUCUCUGACGCCAAAAUCCAAUGUUGGACGAUAUUUAA